GCUCUUGUCUUCCCGUUGCAGCCCCAAAAAAAAAAAAAAAAAAAAGGGGAACCCAGCCAUGCCUUGAGGAAACCGGUAGAAAGCUUGGUUUUUGGCCUUAUUUUCUUGCUCUAGAACCUGAUUGGAACCCAGAAAUUCUCCCCCGGCAGGAAGCUUUCGGAUCUGCCUUGCUCUGCUCCUCACCGUCUGGCUGCUCCUGCUUUGUGGGUGUGAUUUGUUCGGUUUUUUGUUCCGUGAGUUUUCCCUGCAGCUUGCCGCCGGCCUUCUCCCCCCUGCUAGGCCCGGUUCUGCUAGCUGCAAAUUCUGGUAUGUGGCAGCUUCUUUAAGUGCAGAUUUUAGCCAUUUAAUUGCUGCCCUUUGUGUCCGAAAUUCUGGAUUAAUUAGGGGAGAAAAUUGAUAGCUUUAAGACCAUGAUUUAGCUUGAUUCAAGUGGAAUUUAUAUGAUUGAGUUUUGUGAUAUAAGAAUGAAUUUGGAGAUGUCCGAUCAUGUGGAAAGUGAUAGAAAUAGCAUUGUGAUUAGGAAUGAUCCUAAUGAUGAUUUCAGCUUGAAUUUGUGAUAGUCCGGUAUUAAUUCUGAGGUGUUUUGAUUAGGUUCCCGAUCGUCCUGUCAGUUUAGUACGUGAAUUGAGUGCUCGGUUUUAUGGAGUGAAUUCUCGGUUUUAUGCAAGUGAGGUAAGUAAUUUAUGGUAAUGCCCGUAUUGUUUUAAAAGCAUGUUUUGAUUUGUUUUUGAAGUGGUGGCGGGACUAAACCCGUUUUACACGAGCAUGACUGAUUUGAAGUGAAAUGUUUUAUGCUUUUCAUUAAAUUGAGCAUGCCUAUUUGAAAGUUUAAAUGACUAUCCUGAUGAUUUGAAAGUGAUUGUGAAUCGUGAUUUUCCUGUUAACUUCUGCCUGUUUUGUCUCCGAUGUGGUCAUGUUAUUCGUGUGCACGCUAGUGGGAGGUUUAUAAACGCUAGCACAUGUCGACAUGUUCGUGAUAGAACCGGUUCGCUCGUGGCCCUACUAGUGGGGAUUAUACGCUAGUAACUCGUGUGCCCGCCAGUGGGAGGUUUAUAAACGCUGGCCAUGACCUAUAAAGGAGACAUCUAUUUCGUGCCCGUACUGUACCUGUUUUCGUGCUUGUACUUGUUGGCAUGCUUUAAGUUUGAUAAGGGGCACUCCAUAUUUACUUACUGAGUUUAUCUCAUAGUUUUUCCUUGUCCACCAUUUCAGGAAGUGAAACCGAGGACGGGGAAACCACGGGAAGUGACGAGUUAGAAGGCUAGCCAUUUUGUAAAGUGAAUAUAAAUUUUAGAUAUGAAUCAUGAUCUUGUAUUUGGAGAUUUUAUGAUAUUAGAGCAGAUUUUAAAAGUUGAUCUUCAGAUUUUGAUGGUAUCAGAUGUGAUAUGA